CACGCUGGUGAAGCUCUUCGCAGACACUCUUUGAUUAAGUCUUAGUGUUGAACAGUUAGAUUAUUCUUGUCAUUACCUGCAAAGAUAUGGAUAAAAGUUUGACACUAGCUUCUUUGUUUAGUAUUGUAUUUGUGCUGAAAGUAACGGAAUAAUGCAGCUUUGACAACUUCAAUCGUUCCGUCUACCUGAAAGCUGAUUGGCUCAGUUACACGUCGGUUCAGCGUCUGACAAGGAAACAAAUUCUCAGUUCUUCAGUGUGCACCAGUACAUCUGCAAAUGCAGCUCUGAUAUGACUAAAAGAAGCCUAUCUCUUCAGCUGGUCAAAAGAGCCUAGGUACAGAUGAAAAUUACCAUUCCGAAAUGUGACAGGAUGUUGAACCACCACUGCAGAAGGAACCCUGAGCUUCAUGAAGAGCUGCAGAUCCAGGCUGCAGUGGCAGCAGGGGAUGUAUACACUGUUAGGAGAAUGCUGGAGCAAGGAUACUCACCAAAGAUCCGCGAUGCUAAUGGCUGGACACUGCUUCACUUCUCAGCAGCCAAGGGAAAAGAGAGAUGUGUUCGAGUUUUUCUGGAGCAUGGAGCUGACCCCACAGUAAAGGACUUUAUUGGUGGCUUCACCGCACUUCACUAUGCCGCUAUGCAUGGCAGAGCACGCAUUGCCCGACUGAUGCUGGAGUCAGAGUUUCGAAGUGACAUUAUAAAUGCAAAAAGUAAUGAUGGCUGGACACCGCUGCAUGUGGCUGCCCACUAUGGUCGAGACUCAUUCGUGCGGCUCCUGCUUGAGUUCAAGGCCGAGGUAGACCCUCUGAGUGACAAAGGAACCACGCCACUACAGCUUGCCAUAAUCCGCGAGCGCUCCAGCUGUGUACGGAUCCUCCUUGACCACAGCGCCAACAUUGACAUUCAAAAUGGCUUCCUGCUGCGCUAUGCUGUCAUCAAAGGCAAUCACUCAUACUGCCGCAUGUUCCUGCAGAGGGGAGCGGACACUAAUCUUGGACGCCUUGAAGAUGGCCAAACUCCCUUACAUUUGUCAGCUCUAAGGGAUGAUGUGUUGUGUGCCCAGAUGCUCUACACUUAUGGAGCAGAUACCAAUACUAGGAAUUACGAGGGCCAGACUCCGGUGGCUGUGUCUGUUAGCAUGUCAGGGAUUAGCCGGCCUUGUCUGGAUUUCCUGCAGAAGGUCACAAGACAACCUCGGACUCUACAAGAUUUGUGUCGAAUAAAAAUCCGUCACUGUAUUGGCCUUCAAAGCUUGAAAUUCUUGGAGGAUCUACCACUUGCGAAGGUUAUGAAAGACUAUUUAAAACACAAGUUUGACACUGUGUGAAGCAAUAACACAAGAAUAGGAGAGAUGACAAAUCUCUUAAGAGACUAUGCAAUCAGCCUCAUCUGAAAGAAAAGGUACAGAAACCAAUUGUGAACUUGUUCACAGGGCAUUUUCUUCACCUAGUUCUCAGUGCAUUAAAACAUUUUUUUCCACUUUUAUUCAACCUUUUUACAAUAAGAAAAGUUGCCCAAGAAUGGAAAUGGAUACACCUCAAGUUUUGUUUUGUUUUUUUCAUUUUGUUUUUUGUGGUUUUGUAGAAAAGAGAAACCUCAUUUGACUGCAGAAAACAUUCUUACUGCACUUAGGAUUUUUACUCUUUAUUUUCUUUUUGUAAAUGUGCAUGAUGGGUAUAUUCAAAAUGUAUUGAUUGUCAUUUUGUUUAUCAUUAAACCUUGUUUAAAACAAAGUGCUCAUUGAUCAUGAUUAUGAUUUCAAAAUCAUAAUAGUGAUUUCAAAAAUGCUAUGAAUGCUAAUUAUAAUUGUUAAAAAAGCAAACAAAACAAAUUCUACAGUGCGCUCCCUGAUUUGUUUUACUGCACAAUACAUGAGCCUGAAUCCAAAAGGCACUGCAUUUACAUUUCUGAAUCACUACUUACAACAGGCAUGUCUCAGCUGUAUUCCUCACAUUGAUGGCUCUUUGAGAAAGGUGCGUCCUUCUGCUUUGAAGGAAAGGAGUAAAGAAAAUAUGGAGCUUGAGGUGGCCGGGAAAUAUGGAUUCUGUGUUAUAUCUAACAGCAUAGUGUCAGUAGCCAGCUGUAGAAUACUACUAUACAAACAUGAAAACAAGUUGUAAAUUAUUCCAAACAAUUAACCAAACUUUCAUACCGGCUAGUUUUUUGUUUGCUUGUCCAACCAGAUUGAGGUCAAUUUUAAAAUAAAUUGAAAGGUUUCAAGCUUCUACUGGCUGCUGUGACAAAAGCUGCAAGAAUAUAUUUUCAAAAUGGCAUUACAUUUAGUGCAGCAUUGCUUUUUUUUUGUCAUGGACAACAAUAGACUAUGCAGACAUAUUUUUAAUUUAUUAUGACACAACAAGUGUCAUAAUAAAGCGUUUCAAGCGUUAACCUUGGUUGCAAAACUCUAUAUAAUGGGUACAUUAUAUAGAGUUUUGCAACCAAGGUUAACGCUUGAAACUCUGUCACUUAAAAAGUGGGCUCUGUUUCUGUGCCAUAUGUAGUUGUUGAGCAUGGAGUGGGAAGCAUUGUGUUGAAAUACUGUUCUGAAAGUUGGUGUUGAAGCUUGUUUCAAAUGUGAUAUUCAUAGCAUUACUGGUUUAAUCAAUCUGUUCUAGUGACAACAUCCUGUCAUUCCAACUUAUGUCACAAUUACAUAACUGUUUGUCAUGGCUAGAUUCAGACGUGUGUCUGGUAGAACCAGGUUCCAUUAAAUAUUUGAUGACUUGUCAGAACUGGCAGAGUAACCACCUUUUCAAGUUGAGUUCUCUCUGCUGUUGUCAUGUCUUUGUGUUGUCUGUAUUUUAUUCAGCAAAUACAAGACUGUAUCCUGCCCCACUCAUUGCACACAAGCACUGAGAAAGGAUGAUCUCUGUUCUACAUCGGGAAGAGAAAAUAUGCACAGAACAGUGUCUCAAUUAUAGUGUAAAUUGGAAGCAGAAUUUAUAAGAUAAAUGCUGUCUUUGUGAUAAAACUCACAAGAGAGCUACAAAGUCAUAAUCUGUUACUGUGACAGCAUCCAGUUUUGUUUGUUACGUAUUGAAACCGAUAUGUAAAGUUGAAAUUGUCUAACUUAAAAAGAGCAGUGAGGCUGCUUAUUUAAGCAUGAGGUCAACCUUUCACAUGUUAAUGGGGAAAAGUUUUCAGGUCUGCAAAAGCAAUUCAUGGAAGCAAGAAUAAUAAAGUCCUGAAUUAGUAACAUGGAUAUACAAUCACUAGAAGCUAAGAUCAGUGUAAAUAUGUGACAUGUACAAGAGAUAUUUUUUGGAGAAUUUAUUUAAACAAUGAUCUCUAAAUGUAUUUAAAGUUUGGAAAGUAUUGUGAUCUGUUUGUUGUGACUCAUGUUUCUUUUUGUUCAAAUACAUGAAAAAUUUGGAAUCAGUGUGUUUGAUUUCUAUUGGAGAAAUGCUUUCUUAAAAUUAAAAAACUUGCAGUUAACUGUUUUGGGAGAGAUACUGUGAAUCUUUUUUUUGUUUUUUGUUUUGUUUUUUGUUACUUAUUUCAAAAUAAAAUGUAGGAUU